AUGGCAAGUAGAGUACACGCGGAGGAAAUGCACGAGGCACUCCCGUCUGAAGUGGCAGAGGCGGAAUACUCUGAGGCAGAAAACAUGGAUCCAGAAGAGGAGCAGACCUCGAAACUUUCAGCCACGGAGGCAACGUACAACGACUAUCUCCUGCAGAAAAUAACCGAAAUGUUCAACAAAGAGGAGAAAGAGGCCUUCAUGAUUGCCUCCGACCAGAAAAGACCCACAACGAUCCGAGUAAACACACUAUUCGACAAAAGACAGGCUGUGAUGCAGAAGCUUAUGAAUAGGGGCGUAAACAUAGAAGGCCUUGAGUGGAACGACUGCACAGCAGUGGUUUACAACAGCGAAGUGCCCAUUGGAGCUACGCCCGAGUACCUGGCAGGCCUGUACAUUCUCCAGUCGCCGUCUUCGGCACUUCCUGUGAUGGCCCUGGACCCGCAGGAAAACGAGACGAUCGUGGACAUGUGCGCUGCCCCCGGGGGAAAGACUACGCAUAUUGCAGCCCUCAUGAAAAACACGGGAGUGAUAUAUGCAAAUGACUCGUGCCAGGAAAGAGCUCUUUCUCUGUGCGCAAACCUCCAGAGAAUGGGCGUAACGAACACUAUCGUAAGCACAAUGGGGGGAAGAGGAUUGCCCUUCCAAAACGUCAGCAGAGUGCUUCUUGACGCUCCCUGCUCGGGAACAGGAGUGCUCUCGAAGGACCCUGCUGCAAAGAGAAACAAGGACGAGAGAGUCAUCAAACAGCUGCAGUACAAGCAGAUGAACUUGAUCCUGAAGGCUUUUGACAUGCUCAAUCCGAAGGCCCCGGAGACCUCCAUUCUUGUGUACUCUACGUGCUCCAUCCUCGUUGAAGAGAAUGAGUGGGUGGUAAACAACCUCCUCAAAAACAGGAAAAAUGCACGGGUAGUUGACGCAGGGCUUCCCAUAGGAAAGGAGGGCUUUUCCUCGUACAGGGGAAUGGUUUUCCACCCGUCUUUGAAAAACACGCGGAGACUCUACCCGCACAUCCACAACACGGACGGAUUUUUUGUCGCUAAAAUCCGGAAAAUAGGGUACAGCCCAGAGGAAAUAGAGAGAAACCGGAAGGAAAAGGGCGAGAAAAAGGCCGAGGAGAAGAAAAACCCAAGAAAGGACAGCAGCAAGACCAAGAAGCCCCUGGGGAAGAGGCAGAAGGCCAGAAAGCCCCAGAAGAGAGAGUAG